UCCCCGAGCCCGGACUCUCCCCCAGACCGGCCGAUCCCGCGGCGUGCGGACAGGGGCGGCGGCUAAACCCGAGGGCGUGAGGGCGCGGUCGGACUCGGGAGAUGGCGGCGGCAGCUGUGAGCGGCGCUAAGCGGAGCCUGCGGGCGGAGCUGAAACAGCGUCUGCGGAUGAUGAGCGCCGAGGAACGGCUACGCCAGUCACGCCUCUUGACCCAGAAGGUGAUUGCCCACAGUCAGUAUCAAAAGUCCAAAAGAAUUUCCAUCUUUCUGAGUAUGCAAGAUGAAAUUGAGACAGAAGAGAUCAUCAAGGACAUUUUCCGUCAAGGCAAAACCUGCUUUAUCCCACGGUACCAGUUCCAGAGUAAUCACAUGGAUAUGGUGAAAUUAGCAUCACCUGAAGAAAUUUCUUCACUUCCCAAAACGUCCUGGAAUAUUCAUCAGCCUGGUGAGGAUGAGGUUCGGGAGGAGGCCUUGUCAACAGGGGGACUUGAUCUCAUCUUCAUGCCAGGUCUUGGGUUUGACAAGCAUGGCAACCGGUUGGGGAGGGGCAAGGGCUACUAUGACACCUACCUGAAGCGCUGUCUGCAGCACGGGGCAGUGAAGCCUUACACCCUGGCCUUGGCUUUCAAAGAACAGAUUUGCCUCCAGGUCCCUGUGGACGAAAAUGACAUGAAGGUGGAUGAAGUCCUUUACGAAGACUCCUCAGCAUCUUAAGUCCUGAUGACUACAGCCAAAUAAUCAGUGUUUUGUACCAGAGAAAAGCAGAAUACGUGUAUUUUCCCUUGUCAAAAAUUACUUGAAAUGGCACACUAAUGUGAAUCCGGACUGUGUUGUUUUUAAUGUAAUUAUAAAAUACCUAACAUAAAACCAUCUUUAAAAA